ACGAGUUUCACGUGUGAAAUCCAGGAGAGGGACGGGAGGGGAGCACCGUAGACGGUGUGUGGCGGUAGUGUAAUUUGAUAAAAGUGUAGGGAUUAGGGAUUAAAAGGAAAUGGAGAUAAGGCAGGCACGUGCGAGAGAGGUAGGACACGUGUGAUAGGGUUAAAAAGAAAAAGGAAAACCUAUUUGCAAGUUUCAAACCACUCGUUUACGCUACAAAAACGGCCCCCCAACGCUCAGGAAUUGUUUUCCCCAUUUUGAUUUGUUUACCAGUUUCAGAUUCUCCCAUGGAAAUUUUUCUCCCAAUUCCCCAAAUCCGCAUUCUGUUUGCCUGCCGACGAUUUUGACGCCAAUCGAUCGUUUUUCUGUCACCGUCGGCGGCGAUUCCCCGUCGGAAUCAUGCCGAUCAAGGAUUUGACCUACUGGCUGUCGGAGCACCCAUCGAUCGUCGGAUUCCGGUGGAGCCACAGCCAUUCGUGGGGAUCCACAUGGUCCUUCCUCUUCUCCUCCAUAGCUUUCUACCUCGUCUUCUCCACCGCCCUCCAUCUCUUCCUCUGCCUCCUCCUCCGCCCCGGCCGCCCCGUCCCUCUGGGCCCCAUCCCCGCCAUUCAUUGCCUCUCCAUGGCCCUAAUCUCCGCCCUCAUCUCCGCCGGGAUCCUCCUCUCCUCCGCCGCCGAGAUCCGCGACACCCGCUGGUUCUGGCGGCGCUCCAAAACCCCAUUCCAGUGGCUCCUCUGUUUCCCCUUAGGCACCCGCCCCUCCGGCCGCGUCUUCUUCUGGUCCUACAUCUACUACCUCUCCCGAUUCUUCCACAUGUUCCGUUCAAUUUUCACCAUUCUUCGGCGGCGGAAGCUCUCCUUCUUCCACCUCUUCAACCAUUCGAUUUCCACAUUCAUGUCGUUCAUGUGGCUUGAGUUUUCGCAGUCGUUUCAGGUUCUGGCGAUUCUGUCCACUUCGAUGGUGUACGCGGUGGUGUACGGGUACAGAUUCUGGACGGCGAUCGGAUUGCGGAGGGCCUGCUUCCCCUUUGUGGUGAAUUGCCAAAUCGUUCUUAUGGGUUGCAAUUUGGCCUGCCAUGUGGGCGUCCUGAUGCUCCAUUUUAUGAAGGGUGGGUGCAACGGAAUCGGGGCUUGGAGCUUCAACUCUGUCCUCAACGGUGCCGUUUUGCUGCUUUUCUUGAACUUCUAUUUGAAAAUUCAUCGGGGCAUGGGGAAGAAGAUGGCCGAUUCUUCGUGUCUGCAGGCCAUCAAGCAAAAGCCCUGUUCUGGGAAUCUGGAGAAUCAAUCCAUGGAGGCUGAAAAUUUGAAAAAGAACAAGAAUCAGUAAUUAGAUCUGUUUAGGAAAUGGAACUGAAAUGCCCCUCGGUUUUUGGUGUAUCAUGUAUAUGUAUUGCGGCAGAGGGUGAGAAAGUGAGGGAAAAAACAACUUUUUGGCCACUGUGUUGGUAGGGUACGUCGGUGGGUGGGCGUUUGGAAGCCGAGAAAAUGGAAAAGAAAAUUGUGAAUUUUGGUUGUGUAGAGACUUGAGAGGUAAAUAUAUGUACAUGUAAUGUGUAGAGGUUUAUGGCUGUGUAGCGUUUAGGCUUUUUAGGAUGAAGAAUAAAUGAUUUCAUCUUCAAAUGUAUCUAAAAUGGCACCAAAUGAUAUGCACUUCAAAAGGGCAAAUUGAUUCUGA